UCCGGUUUAUUCAAAUUCCUCGAAAAGAAACUCCUAAUCUCCACAACUUGAGGCCUUACAGCGAAACCCCACUGUAGGUUAUAGUGGUUAUUUUUGCUGCAACACCGCAACAGUCAAGAAUGUCCGGAAGAUCAAAGAAACGCUGGCGGAAGAAUCUCUACGAGAAUCAGGGAUUUGAGGACAACUACACACCAAAGACCUUCCUGAAGGAGCUGCAAAAGAAUCAAAAUGUGCGGGAAUUCACAUUUCUGGAGGCAAUCUGUGGUGCAACAAAGGUGAGCCAGCAAAUUUCAAUUGUCGUGGCCUUCCUCAUCCUGUACCAUGGGCUAUUUACACGAUGGCUCUCUCCGGAGACGGUGCUGCUGCACUCCAGUCUCGCCACACUGACUGGCUACGUGAUAUACCUGGCCACGUGUGAGAGGCGCCUUUCCGGAGCUGUUGCGAGGCACUCCAAGACAGUUCUGGGAGUGCUGGUGUUUGGCUUUAUCUUCUCCCCACUGCUGCAUACGCUGACGAAGAGCAUCAGCACGGAUACCAUCUACUCUGUGACAUUCUUCGUCUUCUGUCUUCACUUGAUCUUCUUCGAUUAUGGCCUGGAGGCGCAUAUGGUGUCACGGGCGAUUUCCCUGAACGCCGCAAUCUUUGGCUCCAUUUGCCUCUCAUCCCGACUCGACACCUCCUUCCAUGCAUUUGUCCUCCUGGCCACUGUUGUGGAGCUCUUUGUUCUCCUGCCAAUCCUUUUGCGGCGUUUCUGGGCACCACCACUCCUCCUGCCCACAUUCAUUGGCUGCAUGAUCUUCCUGCAUUCCAUCUCCCUGCCAACACUCAUCACCUACAUCCUAGGACUCCUGGCUAUCAAUGUCCUCUUUCCGUGGCUCUUUGUACGCUCCCAACCCUUCAAACACAUCAUCCACGGACCCUGGGAUGAGGCUGUAGUCGAAUCAAUGGAUCUCUAAAUAAGAAAGAGGAAGAAAAGGCAUUUCUUCUUCAUCAUCAGCUCUUUAUUCGCCACACACACAAUUUUUCUCUACAAACUCCAACGCCACAUCUCCAUUCUGGCCAGGAAGUUCUUCACCACUCAUUGUACAUUUUUUUUUCAUUGAAUUUAUACGUCGCCUUUUGACAUUCUAAUAAAAUUCUUGAGACUGAAUCCACGGCUAAUCCGAAAGUUCGCCCAUCUCGCGGAAUGCCCCGCUCCCUGCUCUCACCUCUUUGCUCCUUGAAAUCUCUUUUAAUGUGGAGAUUCAAAUAAAUUACCCUUGAUUUUGAGGAAAUUAUUAAAAAUAUUUUAAGAUUUUAUUUUAAAAUUUGCUUUAAAUCUAAGCUUUCUUUGAAAAAUAAAAUUUUAAAUGAAAUGAAUGUUUGGACCUGAAGAAGAUCCAAAUAAAAAUCAAAAAGUCAACGAAGAAUAGAAGACUUUGCAGCAUAAGUGGUAUGCUGCUUCAAACAUGAAGCAUAAGUUGCUUCUUGUAAGACUUUAGUUAUUGACGAAUUAAAAAAAAAAGAAAUU